CAUAAAAUCCCACAAGCCAACCGGAAAAGUUUCAGUGUUUAAAAUAAGUUCGUUCAAGCAUCAACGAUGGCUUUCAUGAUGCCCGUAGUGAAAAACGAUUGGGACAUUUACAAAUCGAAUCGUAGCAGGAAAACUUCAGAGUGCAACACUGCUAGUACUACAGGAAGAGUGAGGAAAAUUUCAGAGUGCAGAUCUGAACUAGGCAGUACUUCUCAUAGUACCACUGCGAUGGUAAAGCAUCAUUCGGUGCCUGACAGGAUAACUGGGUUUACAACUAGCAGGCCGAGGGCAUCGUCUGAGAAUUUCCAACAAAAUCGUGCCAAAGUUCCUGUGCAGAAGAGCGCUUCUGAGAGCGACAAACAAGGCAAAGAGGGAACAAGUUGGUUGGAGAAAUUGAAGAGGUUUAUGAGGAAUAGUAAAAAUGAUGAGGAUGAAGAGGAACGUUGCAAGUCAUAAUUUGUGCUUUACAACACUUGUGUAUGAAGCAUUAAUCAUUGUUACAAAUUAUUAUAAUUAACUAGAAGUGAUUGAGAAGGACAAAGUGAAACGUACUUAUGUGUAGAUGAUAUGGAUUUUCUAAAACAGGAUGUCACGAUUAGCCUUAACUACAGAAUUCUGCGUAAAGUUGACACUGAAUUGAUCGUGACCAGCCUUGAAUACAGAUUUCUGUAAAAAUGUGUACAGAUUCCUGUAAAAUGUCGCCAACUAUUCACAAAUCGAUCGUCAAUUUGUUUAGUAAACACUGUGACGUAUUUGACCACUCCCUCGAAUCACGUUGCCUUCUUCCCUCUCGUCCUCGUCGGUUGUCGUCGUACGCGACCUUACAUUGUUUGGGUUGAUUGAGGCGUCAUUCCAGUUCCAGCCAGCGCGCAACCAAAACGUGCAGUAGUCCUUGACUGAGAUCGAGAAAAAAACAAAAAAAAAAAUUCGUUAACAAUCAUGGCCUUUAUGAUGCCGGUAGUGAAAAACGAUUGGGACAUUUACAAGUCGAACCGUGCCAAUCGGAAUCGCCGAACGUCCGAGUGCUCGCACACGAACUCGUGCCGUUCGCGAAAAGUAUCGGAGUGCAAGUCGGAAGGGCCGAACUCGCCGGAUUUUAUUACGUCACCGCAACAUCACCGGUCCGUACCCGACAAAAUGUCGAGCAGGCAAUACACGAGAUCGAAUUCGAACAGUUCGCAAAGCGCGUCCGCAUCGCCGCCGAAAAAUAAUUCGUCGACAAGUUUGAACAAGUUCCACAACAGGCUGUUGGACAAAUUGAAAAAGACGAUGAAAAGCGGUAAGGACGAAGAGAGGACUAGCUCGUGAGGCAGAGUGAGAUACCUAUAUCGACUGUUAUUAUAUUAUAUUUACUAUACCUCCUAGAAGAGUAGCAUAAGGAUUUUUUUUGGAUCUUCAAUUUGACCAGGAAGAAGAAUAUCACCUGUGAUAUGUAGUUUCUAUAAUUGUUUUAAUUGAAAAUGUAUAUGUAAGAAGAAUUGUGGGGCUGUUCCAACACUUCAAAAAUCGCCCCAUGAAAAGUUUCGAAACCACCCUGUAGGCUUUUGCUAAAAAUCAUGACAGUAAAAUGAACGGUUUCCUGGAGGUGUUGGAACAAACCUAAAAUACGCACCUGUGCAAUUUUGUUGGGCGCCUUUUUUUUACUUUACUUUGGAGUUUUAAUAAUAAGAACGUCAAAAAUUUAAUUAUAAGAUCCACAAAAUGUAGGGAUUAUUAUAUUUAUCUCAACCGGAUUUUGCACAGAAACUUUACAAAGUUCCUAGUGCAAAUUUUGCAUUAACUUUCAAAAUAGUGAAAAUCAUUUUGAAGUCAACGCAACUUUGUACUUUUCAAAAUUCCAAAGUAAAAUCCCAUUUUGUAUAGGUACUUAUUAUGUUUUUGUGCUUACAUUUUUUAAGCAGGGUCAAUAAGUUAUUUUGGAUGCAGUUGAAAUUUUAGAAUGAAAACUUCCUGAAUUAUUCAAUCAAUCUCAAGAAAAAACUGGUCCUUUUAUUUCACCUAAUUAUGUAAUUUUGAAAAUUGUUUUUAUUUUUAAAUAAAUUACUAAAAAUCUCACAACGAAAAGAUGCCUAUAUUAGCUAAUCUAUAAGUCUUAUUCAACAAAAUCAAAAUUUAAAUUAUUGUCAGGCCUGGUCAUCAAGAUUUUUUUUUGUGUGCAUGUGUGUGGGUAGCUAAUUAAUAUUAUUUAUUGCAUAAAGUUAGAGCAAUACCUACUAUUUUCUAAAAAAUUUGAGCGUUAGCUCAACAAAGCCCCCUAUUUUGGGCUUUAUUUAUUUUCUCAUUGAAAGACUGGUUAGUUUCGGAGGAUAGAUUUCGCUUAUUUUAGCACAUAAGUUUAAAUAAUUUUAAAUCAAAAACUUUUUUGAUUAAAAUUAUUAAUAAUAAUAUUGUAAUAAAUAUACGAGGGACAAUAUAAAUAAAUUGUGUUGAAUAAAUUUAUACCAAAAAACAAAAAUGUACCUAUUAUACAUCACUGCCCUCGUAGAUUAUUUAUGGUAGUGACACAUUCCGAAAUUAUUAUAUUUGUGUAUAAAUUUUUCUUUUUCUAAAUAAAAAAUAUUUAUAAAAUAAAUAAAUAUGUUUAUAUUUCGCUAAAUAUAUAAAUGUUGUUCGAAUAAAUUAAAUAAAUAAAUAUAAAAUAAUUAAAUAAAUAAAUAAAUGUUUCUGCUGCAAUAUUAUACUACUUUUAAAAUGUUUUUUUUUUCUAAUUAUAUUGUAUUAAUAAACUAAAAAUAUGAUGUUCAAGUAUAAAAAAAAAAUGUGUUUUAUUUAUUUUUCUGUUUU